AUGGCUUCCUCAGAGGAGGCACCCGUGGGGGUCCCGGGUCCUCCCACCCCUCCUGGCCCCCGCUGCCUCUCCCAGCCCUGCCUGUCCCCAGGGUGCCCGCGGCAGGGCGAGGGACGGCGGGCAAAGCCACGGAGGGGACCCCAACUCUACGACACCCCCUACGAGGAGUGGGAGACAGCUGGGGAGGGCCCAGGGGUGCCCCCCACCCGGGAAAGCCGCCUGCCCCGCGACGACGAGCGCCCGGCCGACGAGUACGACCAGCCCUGGGAGUGGAAGAAGGAUCACAUCUCGCGGGCGUUCGCAGUGCAGUUUGAGAGCCCCGAGCGCUCCCCCAGCCUCUCCCGGCAGCUGCCGCGGCCCCCCCGGACCCCCACAGGCACCCGACCGAGCUGUCCCCCCAGCCCCCGGCACGUGGACACCUCGCUGCCCCUGGAGAAGCAGGCGUGGUACCACGGCCCCAUCGGGCGGGCGGGCGCCGAGACACUGCUGGCGCUGUGCCGUGAGGGCAGCUUCCUGGUGCGGGACUGCGAGACCAGCCCUGACGACUACUCGCUCUCACUCAGGUGA